GGUCCAACCGCACUCAGUCGUCACUAGUGUCUCGAACUGUGAACACGUACAACUCGCUCACUCGUGGGCUUUAUUCCAUCCCUGGAUAAAAAAAGACUUAAAUUUUAAAAAUGGCGUACCACGGCCCCUCCUACGGUCUCAGCAGGGAAUGUCAGAUGAAGAGCCAGGCCAAGUUCGACAUAAACAGAGCCCGAGAGGCGUGCGACUGGGUGGAGGCAGUCACGAAGAUGCCCUUAGAGUUCCCCACGGCGGAAGGCCUCACCGACCAGCUGGCGUUCGGGCAUGCCCUGAAAGACGGCAUCGCCCUCUGCACGUUGUUGAACUGCCUCCAGCCAGGCGCAGUCAAGCGAAUCAACACUAUGAAAGCGCCAUUCAAACAGAGGGAGAACUUGGAGAUGUUCCUCAAGGGCUGCGAGAGCUACGGCCUCAAGAGCCAGGACCUCUUCCAGGUGAACGACCUGUACGAGAACAAGAACCUCUACAUGGUUGUCGACUGCCUCUACGCCCUCGGCGGUCUUGCCCAGAAGAGGAGCUACGACGGCCCCGUGAUUGGCGUGAAGGUGGCGAUGGAGAACAAGAGGAACUUCACCGAGGACAAGCUUAGAGAAUCUCAGAAGAUCAUCGGCCUCCAGUACGGCAGCAACAAGGGCGCCUCCCAGGCCGGCAUGACGGCCUACGGGACCGGCAGGCAGAUCAUCCCCGGAGAGUCACAAAAAAUUGUAUCAAACGAAAGUCACAAGAUCAUCGGCCUUCAGUCUGGGAGCAACAAGGGAGCAUCGCAGGCAGGCAUGACCCCCUACGGAGCGGCUCGCCAGAUUAUCCCCGAUGAUAUGAUUGAAAACAACAACUGAAAGCUCAAAGCAUGUUUGACAUCAGCUUCAAGACUGAAACACUGAAGUACGUGCCAUGCUAACAAGAAAGGAAAUUUAUACUGUAUUUAUGUCCAUCAUAAACACACAUAUAUAUAUCUGAGCUAAAGUGCUGUUCAAGAUUCCAAUGAAGUAUUCUUUCACAUAAAAGAUGGUGCAACCACGAUGGAUUCCCUCUGUUGCCUUUUUUUUUCAAACGCCUUUCAAGGAGUCGGAUUCAUGUACAUCCCCUUACAAAUGGCCAACUAAAAUGUCAUCUUUUUGCAAGGACUAAAUGCCUCAUGAGUCUUGCAACCUUUGUUGGAAUUUUUAACAAUAUAAGUCUCAAUUUGUCAUGUUCCUGAUUCCAUCCACAAUUGUAAAGAAAGAAUACUUAGCUUUAUUUUUGUUUUGUAAUGAAAACUGCCAGUAGGUCCUUGUUGAGGAAAUCAUGUUUAUUUUUCUUAUUUUAUUCAGAAUUCAAAACAGCAUAUCAUCUCUCUUAGAUUUGCCACUACCUUUCAAUGUUGCAUUAUUUUUAGUAAAUAGUUUCCAAAAUGUUUUGUGUGUCAAGGUAGAUAUGUUUGAUAAUAAUUCAUUCUAAGUAUGCCAUUUUCAAUUUUCUGUGAAUUGUUCAUUUUCCUCUUGCCUUGUCUGAAGUUAUUCCUCACCUUAGCUUCAUAGUCUUCCAAUUGGUUUGGUGGGAUCAUUCAUCGCAUUUAGAUAAUUUUAAUUUCAUAGUGUUAAGUAAUUCUUCAGAGUCCUCUAUUGUAAGAUUUUUAUAAUCAGUGAAAAUUGUACUAACUAAUGUUAAGUGUUUUUACUGUGGUUCUCAAUAAAAUAUUUGGCUGGUA